AUGAAGACACUUCUAUCAAUUAUUCUUCUCCUCAUCAGAUUUGACAAAUCCACUCAAACCAAUUUCACCAUUAAUGUUCAGGUAACUUGUAAAAUUGAUGAUGUUUGGUGUGUUCAAAUUCUAGUCUUGGAACUUGAUUUUGAGUAAGUUCAGCAGUAGAUUAAUCUGAUCUCAAAACAAAAAAUUCAGUGACUACGAUGGUUUGAAAGACACCGGCCCCAGAUGUUACAGAGGAGCCGCCGCUCCAAAAUACACACUAGAGGCUAGUGACACCUCGGAUAUCGGAGCCGAAUAUGAAAUAGUUGUUGGCUAUCGGCAUAAUUGUACAGAUAAUGGGGCGAUGCGAGAAUUCAACACUGGUGUUUAUGAUGUUUCAGAAUACUUGGAGUGAGCUCAAAACUUGUUUAUAAAAGUUUUAGAAGAGAAGUUUUUCAGGACAGCGACAAUCGAUGUACCAAAUAAGGAUUUGCAUAACAAUGGGAAGAAAUCUAGUAUUUUGAGUUAUCAAAAUGCUAUUUUCAAGUAUUACGAUAUUUAUUGGCAUUAA